UUUACCUCCGAAGCGGGAAGCUGUUCACAGUUUUGACUAUCGUUGAUGUUUGUGCCAUCAGCUGCUUGCUGGUUCUUCUCUCAGACUCGUUUGUCGGUCAUCUUUUUUACUACAAAGAAAUAACAGCGUUGAAGACUGACGGGGAACUGCACGAUUAUAACGUCAAAGACAACCUCGACCCCAACGCACAUCCAGCCCCUGCAGAGAUGUUACACUAUCUAGGCGGACCUAGGUCCGAGGACGGCAGUUACGUCCAUGCGGAUCUUACCAAAGAGAGGCUUCGUCAGCUUGCCACAGCGAGGCUAGCCGAGCAGGGUCGACGGGUCAUGCAGGAGGCUAACUUUCUCUUCCAACAACAGGAGGCGGCAGCUGCAAUGCAACGUAAUGUUACUGCGACCGUUGCAUCCAAGCCUCUGUAUCCCAUCGCGGCGCCACAGAGAAUGAAGCUACCCAAACACCAAGUCCGAUUCCCGGACCCACGUUUGAAUCCAAACAAACAAUAUGAAGGACCAUUGAAUCUCGUAAAUCGUCCGGUACAAUCCGGACGUCCGUACGCCGCGAUCCGGCCCUCUCCAGAGGAGUGUGUGGUGGACCUCAGCAAACCUCUGGAUCUAUCGAUGAAGUCUAUUGAGAGACAGCAAUGUGUCGUGUCCAGGGGACCUCCUGUGAUGGACCCGAGGUUGAUAUCAAUGUCGAUGGCGAACGCGGGGGCGAUGGUUGGCAAAUCGCACGGUUUGUGUAGCAAUGGGCGUGGGGUGGCGUCAGCUGUGACGACAACACAAUCCGUGUACAGACCACCUCCGAUGAUGAGUUUUGGUAAACCUGGACGCCGUGGUAACCUUUUAUAUUCCACUCCAUCAAAUCAUCAUCAGCACCCACUUUUAGCGAAAGACAUGCCACAAAUAUCCCAGGGUCAACUACAUCCACUGGUAUCCACUACAGUUGAUCAGCACAUUCAGCCUUCACGAACUGCACUGAAAAGACCCGCACCUGUUCUUGCGCAUGCUGCUUCAGGCAUUCCAACAAAACGUACAGUUCAUGAGAAGAACUUGAACUUAUACAAGGAGUUUUCAAAAGUCACACCGUCUUCCAGUAUACCCAUGUCAGCAAACAUGCAGCAACAAUAUGAAGCAACAAGAGCUGCUUAUUUGGACUAUGAGCUCAAAAGGAGGAGCCAUGCAGCUUCUCUAAUCACCCAACAGAACAAGUCCUCUUCUUUGCGAAUCACGGAUGUACGACCCACUGCAAAAAAUGGUGUUCAUCCCAUACCGACCUCCGCAGCGUCGAGACCGCGUAGCAAAGCCAGAGAAGCACCCGUCUUUCAUCACAUACAUCAUCAUCUUCAUCACCAUCAUGUACCACAACCAGAUGAGGAGUUAUUACUCUCAGACUCUAACGGGGCUACUGCUGUCCAGGUACCUCCUGAAAUACCCUCUGGGGUACUAACCCAUGACAAUGUCCUCCCUAAGAACGGUAGACCUCUACCCGUACGGGAGAUCCAAAUUCACAGACUCGCAAACCAUGGGUUGUCAUCCCAUGACAUGAAAGCACAUGAUAUCGUUACUGAGCCUAAUCUAUCGGCAGCACAUAGAGAUCGCGUACACGGGGUCUUGAUUAAACACACAACAGGUACACCCACGGCAGCCGUCACGAGCCCGCAUCUCAAGCGUGCCCACUAUCGUACCCGAAGACGCUAUCGUGAGAUCAGCCCACCGACCCUCGUCUCCAUCGCAGGUAUACCUACCCUCUCUCGUGACGCCCCGAGUGUUGUGUCACCAACCCAACCUCACCAACCCAACCGUGCCGCCUCGCCGUUACGUCUCGUCGCGUCAUCGUUCGCUGCUGGAGCUAAGAUGAAUGAAAUCUUGAAACCACUUGACGAGCCUGAUCAUCAGCCGUCACAAGGUGUGAUUAAAAACACACAAAAGAAACUAUUAAUGAGUGACAGCUUAGCUCGACCAUUACGAGUGGACAUUCCAGAUGAUAGAGCUUUCGUUAGCCAUUUGGGUGGUGUGUACACUGGUCAAGCUAACCCAGUCCCACUUGUCCGUCAAGUUGCCAAUGUUGCAAAUAUCACAAAGUGUCUGACGAGUGAGGCCAGCUCGUCCCCGAAGAAAGCCAACUCGUCCGGAAACGAGUCGCCAACGAUGCCUGUUCUGACGCCACAGAGUGUUUAUUCACCAUGUCCACUCCCUCCAUCCUUCACUUCCGAAUCAGCUGCAACAAGCCAUCCUCAUAAAAACUCUACCACCGACCACACUUCGGCAUCGUCACCAGUAUUCUAUAAUGCUUUAACACUGCCUUUGUAUCCACUUAACAAAGACGCGUCAACAGAAGUAUCCCAGAAAAUAUCCAGACUCAAAAAUAAUUCUCCUCCGAAUCUGCAGGAAAAAAGCCCGGAACAGCAAGUGCCGGAUCAACGCGUUCCGGAUAACAUUGAUGCGGAUCAAGUUGACUCUGAUCCGGAUCGUAUUGCAGCGUACAGAGAAAGGAACCGCGUAAAUAGCGAACUCCAACGACAGAUUGACAAAUACCUUUUGGAUGCCACUUCUAAAGCCGAUCCGAACAAACCAAUGCAGAGACGGUAUAAUGAUAGGGGAAAUGGUCGUGAAUAUAGUAGAGAAACUCUUGAAGAUAUUGACAAGGGGAGGAAGGGACAUAUGCAUCAGUACAGCCUGAAAGCAAGUCUAGACAAACUCAAGUCAAAACAACCAAAGAAGGACAAACACCUGAGCCAUGCACCCCAUGACUCAGACGACAGAAAUAUCUUUGCACAGUUCAUGUUACAACGACAGUGGUAUGGGAAUAAAACCAAGGCAAAAAUAGCAGAACAUCAACACUGUGACGUCAUUGAUCUUACAACCUCGCCAUCUUUGUCACCCGCUCCUGAUAUACUAAAAAGCAAUACGGGUAUAAAUGGUGUCAGUGGUGGGAUACCUGAACAACUCUCAGAGACACCGCCCCCAGCAUUCAGAGGUCAAACUACACAAGAAUCCAUGCUGCAACAGGCUAUACUGGAGGGCAAAUCUGUUUCUGUGAGUGAUGCAAUCGAUGCUGCAUUUGCUGGUCAUAUUCGGGACUUUUCAUGUGUCGCUGGAAACAUUGAGCAAAAAGAGUUCACUUUUAAGAAGCAAAGCGUCAAGCCUGAAUUGAAAGACUCACUGCGAAGACUUUCUGAGCACCAGACAUCUCAAUCUGCCGUUCCAUCUUCGUUUGGCAACACAUGCCCAGUUAUAACAUCAGCUAAGACCUCUUCAAUGGUUUCAUCCGGACACCCAUCUGGAGACGUUUUUAGACACGGAGUCCCACCGCACUAUUCCUCAGCGUCCUCUCUAUCGACCCACUCCUCACAGUCUUUCUUCAACGGGAGCAUCUCCUCAGAAAACCUACAAACAGUUUCCCCAUGCAGAACUGGAGGAGGAGCGUUAUCCGCCUCGGCUAUGACGUCAUCGACGCCAUCUUUAUCUCAGAUGAGAUACUCCCCUACCGAGAAGACAUUCUCCCACGACCCUCGUAAGAAGCUCCUGGCAGCCAUGAGCUACGUCCACAUGCCUCCAGGGGUUGCCUGCUCCAUUUCACCGGUAUCUGUAGCUGCUAGCCUUAACUCGACCGUGAGUCCUUCAAGCGGCAGGAGCACGCCGUCAAAGUGCUCGGCAAGGAAGCGAUCGCUGGAGAUGCUACGAUUGGAGAACACGUCUAGCUACGUUGCAGAGAUACCUAAGAGAAGAGGUCACGUGGAUUUACUAACGGAUCCUUCGCUGUUAGACAGAGAGGAACGAGCUUUACAGCGAGCCAUGAAACAGUUCAAUGAAAUGGAGCAGAAGGAGAAACUAACCCCGACUGGCUCCCAGUCAAGCCCGAACAUGGACCCCCAGGCACAAGCCAGACGUCACCCAGGCCGUGUGCUGACCAGCAAACAGUCACCAACCUUCAGAUCAGGAAAGGGCCGUGGACGUAAAAUCAGACGUCUUAUGAGGAUUCAGCAGAAGUUCAAAGACGAUUUUUCGGUAUCGGCCUUGAAGGCCCGACGGAGUUUUUCACGAGAGAUGCGCCGUCUAACCAGCACCAUUAGCCGGCCGAGCUUCCAUGACUUCGUCCCCACAGUUCUCGAAGACAGAACCAGACAUUCUUUAGCAACCAGAUCUUCUGCAAGGGAACGAAAAGCUCCUUACCACAAAAACGCCCGCUACGAAAUGGAGAUAGAGAAAGAGGAGAGAAAAGUCCUAGAAAGGAAGAGACAUAAACGAUCUGUUAGUUGCUCUACGAGUGGGGACGAGGAGCCCAACUCACCGAAGACCAAGACGCCAUCUGGAAGAAGACGGAAGGGCAGUGAUGCCGUCUUCAAGACGUCUGGUGAUAAGACCAUCGUUGUGAAAGAAGAACCUCUCACGGAAUCCAAUGACGUGGUUCAACAAACCAAUCAGAUUGAAAUAAAACCUGAUCCUGCCCAAUUAGAGGGCUUGGUUAAUGAAGAGGGCGUGGCUAUGCAAAGCAGCAUGGAUAUGGACACGCCCCUUCAUGUGGUCCUCGAUCCCACCAAUCGAAUCAAAAUGAAGUUCAUGACGCCGUCUGCAUUUGAAAUGCAUCAGAAAGACUCUGGGAAGGAGAAUGACAGUGGGAAGAAGAAGCCGGGAGGCAAGAGGAAAUCUAAAACCAAGAAUGUUAGCUCUGCAGUCGUUGCCAUGGAAACAGAUGUACAGCAAGAAGAAAACCCCAUAGUCAAAACAGAGGUUGCUGAGUUAAGAACAACAGAGACUCCUCCACCUUUACCUGAACCGAUUCCAGUGAAGAUAGUGCGACCAAACCCCCCAUUCGAACUGAAACGUCUCAUGGUGAACAAGAAACUUGGUGAAACCGUCUUGCAUCGAGCGGCUCGACUCUCAUACGAUGAUGUAGCCGUUUACUGCAUAGAUUAUGACGUCAUAGAUAUUAAUGCUAAAGAUAAUGCUGGUUAUACGCCACUACAUGAGUGUUGUGUACACGGACGGCUAUCUGUAGCGCGGUAUCUGCUGGAGCAUGGUGCCGAUGUCAACGCGAGCGCAUCGGACGGGACACGGCCCAUUCACGAUGCUGUUGACAACAAUUGGUUGGAGUUAGUGCGCAUGCUCCUUGCCUACGGGGCGGAUCCAUUGAUAGCAACGUAUUCAGGCAGGACGACCAUUAAAUUGGCGCGAACUAAAGCCAUGAAGACAUUUAUCAUCGGCUACCUUCGCGAUGUCAACGGAGACUGGGAACUAGACGAGGAAGAUCCAUACCAAAGUAACCUGGAUUUAAGCUGGAGCCUUGACGGGGAAUAUUCUUUUGACGAACAUGACAAUGCAACGGUGGAUAUAUUUCAAGGUAUACCAGAUCAGAAGGUGAGGGAGGAAAGCUUCUUGCUAGAGAUGAGUGACACGCCGCAUCUUACAACCUACAACAUCCGUCUUGCUAAUACACAAAGAGCACGCAAUUGGUUGUUGUUGUCUGACGUCACGCGGCAGUUAGACACGUCACGCAUGGAGUUUUUAGCCUGUAACCGAACAUUACGUCGUGCUACCAUGACACGUCACGAUUUCAUCAUGGCAACAGAACACUCACAGUUAAACUGCGCACCGUCCUCAUUAAUGACGCAGACGUCUAGGAACUCGACUGUAGAGUUAUUGGAACUGACCAGUGAUCUGAGAAAUAUUCUUCAUAUUGAAGAGGAUUAUAUCUGAGUCUGGAACCAGACUCUCAAGAUGUGAAACUUUUUACCGACAACAUCUUGGUUGGAGUAAUCUCCAUGCAGAGGAUUUAUACUUGUUUGCAACAUACAACCGAGGAAAGUGUGUGUAUAACGGAGCGUUUUUGACAUCGUUGUUUCAGCUUCACUGGGAAAACAAAUAAACACUGCCAAAAAACCGUCCCCGAAUUCAGUACAUACGAUGUUGCGUGGUAACGGCGGCUUAUACAAAAACCAGCGUCGCCAGUCAAGACUAAUGGUACCCAAAAGGGACUUGAUGUGACAUCUGAUGACAGUACUAAAAGUUUAUAAAGGCCGACAUUAUACUGCCGCUAUACCAGCGUUAAGUAAGGUACUUUAAUAACAGAAAUUCUUUAAAUUAUAAUUUUGAAAUUGCUCAAACAUUAUUAUGUGUUUCAAAAUUGUAAACAUAUUAAGAUUGGGUUUUUUUCUGGGAAGGGAUUUGUUUUGCACCAUGUUUAUUCGAGAAUUGACAGCCGAUUUCCCUUUCCUCAUUUUCCGUUGUCACAAGGAAAUGUUUUAUGCUGAAAAUACUGCAUGGUUUUUCACUAGUUUUCCCUAAAUCGCACAAGGGAUGAAGCCCUCAUUUCCGCAGGUGUUAUUUUAUGUAUAUAUGGUCGAUUACUACACAGAACACGAACACUCUGCGACGUCCAUCCCUGAUAAAUGCCUUUAAAAGCACUGACCACUAUUGGUAAUUACUCAAAAUAAUUGUUAGCAUAAAAACUUACUUGGUAACUAGCAAUGGAGAGCUGUUGAUAGUAAAAAACAUUUUGAGAAACGGCUCCCUCUGAGGUAACCGGCUGUUUUGCAGUUAUCGAUCACUGGUAAACAAACGUUAGAUGGUAUCAUACAUAGUACAUUCGAUCAGUCGUCUGUUUACGUCAUUGGUUGGAACUGCAGUUUUUAUGCAAUUUUGGGUUACUUUCCCGAUGAGUUUUCCGACAAGUUUUACCAGAUACUUUCACAUCAUGAACGUUAUAAAUGCAAUGCUUUGUUUUCUUGUUACUUUUGUAAAAAUGUAAGAAUAGUCGUUUUGGGAAAAACAUUAAACUCGUCCACGAAAGGGACAUGUUCCACAAA